AAUCAAGGGAAAGAAGUCAAAAAACUAAAUUAAACUGGGAAUUAAGCGAAGAACUGAUAAAUUAGUGAAAAGUAGUGUUUUUCAAGUCGAACGAGUCACGCAAGUGUACCAAGUGAGAAAAGACUUGUGGAAUCAUCGUCAACAACAGUAGGGUGUGUCAACUGAUUCACUGUGCAAGUCCCCGAGCUACGUUUCGUGUGUUCAUACGGAGUGGAAAACUGAUCGUGACGACGACCAAAAGAUGGCACGGCAAUUGAAUCCUAAUCAGCAAAAGAUUGCUGAAAAACUCAUCAUCCUGAACGACCGUGGUGUUGGUAUAUUGACCCGAAUCUACAACAUCAAGAAGGCUUGCGGUGAUACCAAGUCCAAGCCGGGGUUUUUAUCAGAAAAGUCCCUAGAAUCAUCCAUCAAGUUCAUCGUAAAACGCUUCCCAAACAUCGACAUCAAAGGAUUGACAGCGAUUGCUAGCAUCAAAACGGAAAUAAUCAAAUCCCUCUCUCUGUACUAUUAUACCUUCGUCGAUUUGCUAGACUUUAAAGACAAUGUGUGCGAGAUAUUGACCACAAUGGAUGCGCUCCAGAUACAUCUGGACAUAACUCUCAACUUUGAGCUUACCAAAAACUAUCUCGAUCUCGUAACGACCUAUGUAUCAUUGAUGAUACUGCUAUCACGCGUGGAGGACCGGAAAGCUGUGCUUGGCUUGUUCAAUGCUGCGUAUGAAAUGCAAAACAAUCAAAGUGAUCAAGCCUUCCCACGCCUUGGUCAGAUGAUCAUCGAUUACGACGUGCCAGUGAAAAAGUUGGCCGACGAAUUCAUUCCACACCAACGGUUGCUGUCUAGCGCGAUCAACUCGUUGACGAAAAUUUACUCAAUGCGAAACCUUAGUGCGGAAAAGUGGCGUGAGUUGCAGGUGCUUAGUCUGAUCGGAACUCCUGCCAUGUUGCUGAAGGCUACGAAAACGGAUACUAUGUCCUGUGAAUACAUAUCGCUCGAAACGCUUGACCGGUGGGUUAUCUUUGGGCUAAUGCUAAACCAUCAGGCACUCGGGCAGCAGGGUUUGAUAAACAACAUGUGGGUAUCGGCCCUUGACUCAAGCUGGGUUAUUGCCCUGUUCCGGGAUGAAGUUAUUUAUAUCCACCAGUAUAUCCAGAGCAAUUUUGAAGGAUUAAAGGGAUACGGAAAGCGGAUAUCCGAAGUGAAAGAGUGCUACAACCAGGCGAUCCAAAAAGCAGCUCUGUUACAUCGAGAGCGUCGUAAGUUUCUGCGCACCGCACUAAAAGAGCUGGCCCUUAUUAUGACGGAUCAACCGGGAUUACUGGGGCCUAAAGCUCUGCUCGUAUUCAUCGGCCUUUGCUACGCACGAGACGAGAUACUUUGGUUGUUACGCCACAACGAUAAUCCACCGGUGGUGAAGAGUAAGGGCAAAUCCACGGAAGAUCUCGUUGAUCGACAUCUGCCUGAGCUUCUGUUUCACAUGGAAGAACUACGUGCCCUUGUGCGCAAGUACAGUCAGGUCAUGCAGCGCUACUAUGUUCAAUACCUCUCUGGAUACGACGCGAUUGAUUUAAGCUUUCGAAUGCAACAGCUGCAAAUGUGCCCUGAGGACGAAAGUAUCGUACUAUCGUCACUUUACAAAACGGCCACCAGCCUUUCGGUUAAACAGGUCGAAGACAACGAGGUCUUCGAUUUUCGCGCAUUCCGUCUCGACUGGUUCCGCCUGCAGACGUUCAUGAGCGCCAAGUCAGCUGUACGUAUUACAGAUUUCACUGAACUGGCUCGACUGUUGGAUUCAAUGGUUUUCCAUACGAAAAUGGUUGAUUAUCUGGACGAGUCGCUGGUGGAAACUUCAGACCUUUCCAUUUUUUGCUUCUAUAACAAAAUGUUCGAAGACCAGUUUCACAUGUGUCUCGAGUUUCCAGCCCAAAAUCGGUAUAUCAUUGCAUUUCCACUAAUCUGUAGUCACUUCCAAAACUGUACGCACGAGAUGUGCCCCGAAGAGCGACAUCACAUUCGCGAACGCUCCCUAUCGGUUGUGAACAUGUUUCUGGAUGAGAUGGCAAAGGAAGCGAAGAAUAUCAUCACAACGAUCUGCGAUGAGCAAUGCAUGAUGGCAGAUGCCUUGUUGCCAAAACAUUGUGCAAAAAUUCUUUCCUCAUCGGCUAGCCGCAAGAAAAAAGACAAAAGCAAGAAGCAUUUAGACGACAUUAGGAGACCUGGCGAUGAAAGCUAUCGCAAGACGCGCGAGCUACUAACUACAAUGGACAAGCUGCAUAUGGCCCUUACUGAGCUGUGCUUUGCCAUCAACUACUGUCCCACAGUGAACGUUUGGGAAUACGCGUUUGCUCCACGUGAGUAUCUCUGUCAGCAUCUCGAGACGCGUUUUUCACGAGCCCUCGUAGGAAUGGUGAUGUACAGUGCGGAUACGUCGGAGAUUGCAAAACCAUCAGAAUUAUUGGCUUCUGUGCGUGCCUAUAUGAAUGUCUUGCAAACGGUAGAGAACUACGUGCACAUCGACAUCACCCGCGUGUUCAAUAAUUGUCUACUACAGCAGACGCAACCCCAGGAUAGUCAUGGUGAGAAGACAAUAGCUGCGCUCUAUAACACAUGGUAUUCGGACGCGCUGUUGCGGAAAGUAAGCGGUGGAAACAUCGUAUUUUCACUCAAUCAGAAAGCCUUCGUUUCGAUAACUCCGGAGGGAUACAUUCCAUUCAAUCCUGAGGAAUUUUCUGACUUCAAUGAACUGCGGGCACUGGCCGAAUUGAUUGGUCCAUACGGGAUUCGGCUGCUUAAUGAAUCCCUUAUGUGGCACAUCGCCAAUCAGGUUCAGGAACUGAAACGUCUUGUAGUGCAGAACAAAGAGGUGCUUAUGAUACUACGUAGUAACUUCGACAAACCCGAAAUCAUGAAGGAACAAUUCAAGCGGCUGCAACAAGUCGACAAUCUGCUGCAACGCAUGACAAUAAUAGGCGUAAUAUUGAGCUUCCGCCAGCUCGCCCAGGAAGCGCUCGUAGAUGUGUUGGAGCAGCGCGUUCCCUUUUUAUUGUCAUCGGUGAGGGACUUCCAGGAACACGUUCCAGGAGGAGAUCCUUUGAAAACCGUGUCAGAGAUGGCGUCUGCCGCCGGUCUCAAGUGUAGGGUUGAUCCAGCAUUGUCCAGCGCGCUAAAGGCUCAAAAACCAGAGCCCGACGAGAGCGAUCAUCUCAACAUUUGCCUUCUGAUGGUUUUUGUUGCGGUGAGCAUCCCUAAGCUUGCCAAAAAUGAAAAUUCCUUUUACCGCGCCUCAUUGGAUGCCCAUACGAACAAUACACACUGUAUGGCUGUCGCUAUAAAUAACAUUUUUGGUGCCAUGUUCACUAUCUGUGCACAGAAUGAUAUCGAGGAUCGAAUGAAGGAGUUCCUUGCCCUCGCCAGCUCUUCCUUGCUGCGCCUUGGCCAGGAGUCGGACAAGGAGGCCAUUAAAAACCGGGAAUCAAUUUAUCUGCUACUUGAUCAAAUUGUGCAGGAAUCUCCGUUCCUCACAAUGGACCUCCUGGAAUCUUGCUUUCCUUACGCGCUGAUUCGAAACGCGUAUCACGCCGUUUAUAAACAGGAACAGUUGAUGCACUGAAAAAAUCUUCCAUUUCGUUAGGGGCUCAGUUACAUGUUCUGCAACGUCGCUCGGCUGAUCCGAGUUAAGUCGCAUUUCUUUUUCAACAGAUGUGGUAUUGUGUAGCGCGUCUUGCUAGCCCAUUUAACUAUUGUUUGCGUAGGAGAACCUAUGGAAUCAUUCAAUCUGAAAACUACGCUAAUCUAAUCAUAUGAUAGUAUUGUAAUCUUAUAAUUAUAAGACGUUCGACCUUUUUGUAUUUAUAAUAUUCAAUAAACAUGUAUAAGAAUAAACUUGACUAUUCUUACGACCGUUCAA